CUCAGACGCUGGUCGGCUGACAAUCGUGAUGGCCGUGGCCAGAGCGUAAGAGCGUGCCAACGACAGACGGGACAGGACAGGAGACAGGGGAGAAAGGAGAGAGAGAGAGAGGUAGCCGUCCCACACCACAUCCACCGACCGUCCAGGAGUGGACGUCUAGACGACGCUGCGCUGUAUAGCACUCGCAGGCAGUCACACGUUGGUCACAGUUUCGCAUCCCAAACGCAGCGGCCUUACGGUAGCGGUACGGUCAACGUAGUAAGCAUUACGCAUUCUUCGCUGCUGCUGCUACUGCUGCUGACCAGUUCGUCCGCGACCGAAGACGAAAGGAUUGUGUGGGUGGGGCGCAGUACUUACCGCACCGGAACCAAAGACCAUGGCAGCGAACUAGCGACACACGACGGAAGCGAGCGGAACGAAACGGAAGGUGGAGUGACCCCGCCAGCGAAGGCGGCGACCAUCCUGCUGCUGCUGCUGUUGCUGCCCGGACUGCUGACCAGAGACUGCUGAAGAGCGAGGACCAGGACCACCAGAGCCUCCGACCUGCCCCAACAACGCAGUCCGUUUGGCCAUUGCUUGCCCGUGUUUCUAUUGCCAGCUAUUGGCCACUAGGCCUCUCUUGCCCCCCACCAAUCAUCACCACCACCACCACCACCAUUAUUUGGGCUGUUCUUUGUGCCUUUAACUACUUGUUUGGGGUUUGGGGGGAUGUUGCCGUCUGAACUGCCCAGAUCCUGCUGCCGUGCCCACUGCUAACAGUUUUGUCUUUCUCUCUUUCUCUUCUUUCUCUCUUCCUCUUUCUCUCUCGCUGUCCCUUGCUUGUUUUCCGCAGAUGAGCAGACUAGCGGCAGUGGUGGUGGAUCGGCGACAACGCGAGCAGCAGCAGCAGCAGCAGCAGCGUCCGGUACGAUGCAUCCGCUGUUCGGUGGCGGAGCCUGCCGCUGGCCCGGCUGCGAGCGCGUAUUCGACGAGUUCAACGACUUCUACAGCCACCUGCACUCGGACCACAUCAACGGUGACUACUCAGCGGCCCAGGCCCGCAUCCAGAUGGAGGUCGUCUGCCAGCUGCACCUGCAGCUACAGAAGGAGCGGGACCGGCUGCAGGCGAUGAUACUGCAUCUGAACAAGAAGAACGAAAUGAUGCGGGCACCGGCAGCCGCCGCUGCCUCCGCCGCCGCAACAACCGCUGCCGCCGCUGCCCUGUUCGGUGGUCAGUUUCUCUCGCAGCUCGCCGUUACCGUCCCACCAGCGCAACCCCCGGUACCACCGACACCACCGCACCAUCAUCCUCAUCAUCACCAUCACCAUCAGCAUCGCGGGGGUGGAGGGCCCCCGCCACAGCAGCCACCAGCAGCAGCAGCGUCCUUGUCGUGCGCGGAUCCGGGUUUGGGGGGUGGUACCGGGGUCACCGCUGGUAACGUCGUUACCGCUGCCACCAGCACCGUCAGCCCAUUCGAGCUGAUAGCCGGUUUGCGCUUCCCGGCCGAUCUGGCCGCCGACAUCGCGGCGGUUGCUGUGGCGGCCGGUGCACCCUCCUCGCUGCUACCAUCGGCUGGUGUCGGUGUGGCCGCUGCUGCUGCCGACUGCUACGCUGCCAGUGCCAGUGGUGGCAAGCUUGCCCCCCACCAGCACCACCACCACCAUCAACACCACAGUCACCACAAUCAUCACAAUGCGCACCAUCAUCAUCACCAUCAGCCGCCAGACGGUGGUGUGGCAGCGGCAGCAGUGGUGACGGUGGGGGCGUCUGGUGGUCUCCACCAUGGCAGCUCACGACAGCAGCAGCACUCCCCGAGCACUGGUGGUGGUGGUGGUGGUGGUGGUGGACCAUUAACCGAUGCCAAUGGUGCCGGUAACGCUUCCAAUGGACCACCGAUGCCCACCACUGGGGCCGGUUCCAAAUCGUCCAAAUCUUCCGGUGGCGGUAGCGGUCAAAGUCGGCCCAAGUACUUCUCUCCGCAGGAUAGCGAAGAGCUCAACUAUCCGGAUGUGCAGGAUGAUGUACACAAGAAUCGGGAGUUUUACCGCAGCCACGAUGUGCGUCCACCGUUCACGUACGCCUCGUUGAUACGACAGGCCAUCAUCGAGUCACCGGAGAAGCAGCUCACGCUGAACGAGAUUUACAACUGGUUCCAGAACACAUUCUGCUACUUCCGCCGGAACGCGGCCACGUGGAAGAAUGCGAUCCGAACGAACCUAUCGCUGCACAAGUGCUUCGUACGGUAUGAGGACGAUUUCGGUUCGUUCUGGAUGGUGGACGAUCACGAGUUUCUGAAGCGACGCCAUCUGUCGCGAGGCCGACCGCGCAAGUACGACAUCUCGAUGCCACCCCCGAUCGAGCAGGAGGGCGGUGCGGCACCGGGCACACCACACACCACCUCCCGUACCACAACCGACAACCAUUCCGCCGGCUGCCCACCACAACUGCCAGCAGCAGUAACAGGAGCUGGAGCUGGAGCUGGAGCAGCAGGACCACAACAAUCAGCAUCCACACUGCCACCACCACCACCACCAUCAUCGGGUUCGUUGGUUGGGGCUGGAGAGGAAUCGGGAGGAGGCAUUACCGAUGGAGGGCAGCCCAGUGACUCCAGUCCGCCGUCCGUGGUUCGUGGGCCACCACCGUACGGCGAUGAGUACGGGCGGUUGCGCCGGAUGCAGGCAGCAGCUGCCAGUGAGGCGGUAGGCAGCUCGGGUGCACCAGAGCACAAGCUGUUGGCGCACGGUGGCAGCAUUGCCUUCGCGGGACGGUUGUCGAAGAGGAACGAGUACAGUCGACGGUAACGAUGCUAGGGGUGGGGGGGUGUGGACUGGACUAGAAGAACCACUUCGCGCGCGCGCGCUCACACAUAACCUCUCUUCCCCCUUCCUCUGUCCUGUGGCUUUCCUUCCUUCCUUCUUUUGGGUUUUUCCCCCCUUUUAUUAUUUAUAUUACUCAACGGAUGCAUCCUGUCAUUACCUUCCCACACACACACACACAUACAGUUUUAUCCAAUCGAUUACUGGACUGUACCGACUGACUUAACUGACAGGCCUGACGGCUAGCAAAUGGCGAGGCACAUUUACUUUUACUCAGCACCCCGAAAUGCUCUACUAACACUACUGGAUUACACUCCCCCUAUUUUGUUUUUUCGCCAGCCAGGUGCCAGGACGAACAGUUUGGUCAAAACUCUUGCUCAAUGGUUUAUAUCGGUUAUGUACGGGUGCACAGGGUUGGCGUAUAGUGCACCUUUCUCUCCGUUUUCAUUUCUUAACCCUAAUCGCUCUUGAUGCGGCCAUUUUUAGUCAACAGGUGGAUAGGUGGCGAGGCGCUGCGUCCAUCUACCCAUUGGAGCGCGGCCGGAAUGCACGUUGUCUUUGUCUCCUUUUCAGAUGUCCGUACUUCAGGUUCGCCCGAGGUGAUAUGAUGGUAGUGAGGCCUACGGAAGGUGGAAUUUGCUUUUCACAAGUACGCCGCGUGCGACGGAGUG